CUGAUGGCAGGGAUGUACCCUAUUAUAUUAAUAGAAACGGUUCCGGUGACCCACUUCAAAGGAAUUUCUCUAAGCACUCAUGCUGACUCCACCAUAACUCUCAGUCCAGACACUCCCCGUGCCACAGAUUUGGAAAAGUGGGCUGUCGAAAAUCGUGCAGCACUUGAUGGCGUAAAAGCCUGUAUGGAGUACAACAAUGCUGCCUCAAAUUUGGCAAACCCAGAUAAGGAGACAAUAAUGGAAAUAGCAAAAGUACCUCCACAGAUUGACGAGGUAUAAUAGGUUCAAAAUUUACACAGUAUACCAAAUCCACUAGCAUACUUUUACAGUCAAAGCCCGCAUGGAUUCAAGGCAAAAUAACUCUGGCCAUUCAAAAUGAAAGUCUUUGGUACGUCGGAUGUAACCGCUGCUCUAAGAAAGUCCAUGGCGGAUGUGACUAUCAAUUUCACUGCAUGACUUGUGGCGAACCUAACGCUUUUGGAACUCCAAGGGCUAAGUUAAGGGUCACAAUUGAAGACAAGACAGGUUGCCUCAGUGCCUCAAUGUUUGGACGAUGUGCUGAAACGUUGCUCCUAAUGACAAGCAAACAAAUCAUGGAAACAGAAUCACAGGGGAAAAAAGCAUCAUUUCAAUACGCCAACAAGCGCUUAAUGAAUGAGGAUUAUAUAAUUCAGCUGAGAUCAAACACAUACACAUAUCAGGGCGUCUCUACAACAACUUAUACUGUGAACUCAUUGCAUGACUCUUCUCACCACUUGACAAAAAAACCCAAAGAGAGUCCCACAAAGGAUGUGGGCCCAAGCACCGAUGCAGCUGAAUUGCCGCCCGCACACAAACGUCAUAAGACCGAUUCGGGCCCUUCA